CUUGAUGAAAGGAAUGUGCAAUCUUUAAACUUGCAUAUGUACAUAAGUUCAUGUGUAUUUCGACUUUUGUUUACAAGCAUUUUAGGAACUAUAUUUAUUUGUAUACAUAUAAAUACGUUCCCCCGUUGCAGAAAAAUUAACACAUUAUCAUUUAUAUCCAGUCUAAAUAUCAAGUGAAUGAAUAAUGUUUAAGGUUAUAUUGCCAAUGUUUUUGGUCAAUUUGAUGAACAAAAAAGAUGGCGUGUUUGUCGAAUUCUGUGAUAAGUGUAAUUCUGUGUAGUUCUGUGAUGAUUCGCAUUGAAAUAAGCUGAAUUUUGAAAGGUUAUGUCCGUUACAAUAAGCGUUGAACAGAAUUUCUGACAUUGUACUGGCAGUAAGUGCGAAGAGAAAUCAGAGGAUACGGAGACUUCUAAACAACGAGAAAAUACAUAAUUAAUGGUCAAUAAAUCGAAGCAUGUUGUCUAAACAACGAUAGAUCUAUUGCUUUGACAGCCUACCGUCUUUUCAAAGGAGUAAUUGGUUUAUUAUAUAGGGAAAAUAAUGGGAAAACGCACAGCCCGUUCACUUUACGGGCUCACCAUUUUCGUCUUUCUCCUUUAUUUUGCGAAAGAUUCAAUUAGUACAAGUAUUAUAGAUGUUAUGAGAAAUGAUGGAGAAUUAAACCGGAUUCCAGUAUUUUUAUACAAUGACACUAAUAUAAGUACUUGUGUUAAUGUAUCAUAUUCAGAAAGAAAUAUAACAGAUUAUGCAUCUAAGUACACAUUGUUGUGUCUUGCAUUUUAUGAUACAUGGUACAAAGUUUCUAAAUCUAGUCUAUGGUCUGAUCGGUUUAAUAACAAUUUUACUGAUGCAAAAACUUUUAACUACUAUUUACUGAAGUUUGUACCGAAGGAAAAAAAUGAUGAUAGCGAAAUUAAGAAGUUUUGUGAAAGCAUCAAAGGCAUAACAUUUUCAUAUGAAAAAUUAAAACCACUGUUAUCACGUCUACAACAUAUCAAUCGCUAUGAUAUGUGUCGUCCCAUCUGUUUUGAUAUGGACAGAAAUUUUACUCCACUCUGUGAAAUAUUAGCUUGGAGUAAAAGUAUCGAUAAUGAAAUCCAGAAGGUAAAUAAUGAAUCUCAGACAGGAUUAGAAAGUAAGAAAGUAGAAAAACCUAAAAAAUUAAGUGAAGAGACACAAAACCUGAAGGAUCAGAAGUUAUCAAAUGAAUCACAAGUUACUACGAGCAAGUCGCAGAAUGGUAUUAAAGCAUUAAAUAAUAUUGAUAAUAAUGAAGAUAAAAGUGAUGCAGCUCAUAAAGAAAAAACAAGGCCACUAAAUUCAGAGAGAAAACUAAAUCCUGUAGAAGAUGAAAAACAUACCAAUGAUCAUACAAUAAGUCAACAGAAAAGCACUAUUGAACUAACUCAUUCUAAGGAUGUAAAUAAGGCACAGGAUUCACAGAAUGUAAAUGAGAAACCACAUAAUGAUAAAAUAGAAUCACAGAAUGUAAUUGAGCCACCGCACAGUGAUAAACAAGAACCAAAGAAUGUAAAUGAGGAAUCACACAGAAUAACACAGAACAUAAAUGAGGCAACACACAGUGAAGUCAAAGAAUUACAGAAUACAAACAAGGAGUCUGAAGAACUUGGAGUAAAUACAGCAAAGGAAAAUAAUGAAGAACUUAAUAAAGAAGACAAACAAAUUGAGUGGAAUAAUGCAGAGGAUAACGGAUUAAUGGAUGAUCAAAACAACACUGGUGAGCCGGACGCACCUAUUGAUACAGAUCAAUCCCAAAAUAAACAUAAACCUAUAGAUGAAAAGGACAAUAUGUCUUCUUUUCGUACUAUGAGGACAGAUGAAGAAUCCCACUUUUUUACUUACUUUACUAUACUCUCCCUGAUCUCUAUUGCUGCGUACAUUGGUUAUUAUAAUAAGCAAAAGAUACUAGCGAUUGUAUUAGAAGGACGAAGAUCACGAAACAGCCGUGGUAGACGGCGUCCUAGCACAGCUAAUUAUCGUAAACUAGAUUGUACAUUAGAAGAAGCAGUUACGUCACAGUGUAAUGCAAAUGUUACCCAUGUUAUAUAUUAAUGCAUGUAAUGUAUUUGAUACGUCAAAAUAAUUGUAUAAUAGCACCUCACGUGCAACGUAUUUUGUAUUUAAGUAUACUUCCGUUAUUACAUGAAUUUAUUUUUAAAAAAUUAA